UGUAAAUGACAUGCUGAAGGAGAAAGAACACGGCUGUGUUCGGCAGUGGCGCGAAUAAGUAAAUUAGGACAUGGACUGCGGCUCCACGAGCGCCUCGCGUGCGUGCAGAUACUGACCCGGGAACUGUCUUCAGGAGAUAAAAGCCCGUGGAUCACGCUGCUUUCUGUUUGUCCCACGGACACGUAUCGACUGUGCUACACUAUCAGGGACGAGGCCACAGACACACACACAGCACGGCGUCCAGCUCUAGCGCGAGAUGGUCACGUCUACUCUGGGGCUCGUCAUUCUGUCUGUCUGUCUUCAGCUGUGUGGAUUCGCGCGCGGUUCCCAGCCAGAAUGUGAGCAGUCUCAGUUCCAGUGUGGGAACGGCCGGUGCAUCCCGUCUGUGUGGCAGUGCGACGGUGACCUGGACUGCUCGGACGGGAGCGACGAGACGUCCUGCGUGAGGAAGACCUGUGCGGAGGUGGACUACGUCUGCCGCAGUGGCCAGUGCAUUCCCAAGAGAUGGCAGUGCGACGGGGAACCAGACUGUGAGGACGGCUCAGAUGAGAGCAUUGAAAUGUGCCACACGAGGACCUGCCGAGUGAACGAGUUCAGCUGUGGCAUCGGCUCCACGCAGUGCAUUCCAGUCUUCUGGAAGUGUGACGGUGAGAAAGACUGCGACAACGGAGAGGACGAGGUUAAUUGUGGGAACAUUACAUGCUCUCCUCUGGAGUUCACCUGUGCCAGUGGCCGCUGUGUUUCUCGUAAUUUCCUCUGUAAUGGUGAGGACGACUGCGGGGACGGCAGCGACGAACAGGACUGUGCUCCUGCCUCCUGCGGCCCGAGUGAAGUCCCGUGCGGGAAUAAUACCUGCAUUCCUCGGAGCUGGCUGUGCGAUGACGAUGUGGACUGCCAGGACCAAUCAGACGAGUCGCCAGAGCGUUGCGGACGCAACCCCACACCGCCGGCUAAGUGUUCGCCCAACGAGAUGCAGUGUGGCUCUGGGGAAUGCAUACACAGGAAGUGGCGCUGUGACGGGGAUCCAGACUGCAAGGACGGCAGCGACGAGAAAAACUGCUCUGCCCGUACCUGCAGACCCGACCAGUUCAAGUGUGAUGACGGCAGCUGUGUCCAUGGCACCCGACAGUGCAACGGAUUCAGAGAUUGUGCUGACGGCACGGAUGAAGUCAACUGCAAAAACCUAACUCAGUGUAAAGGUCCUGACCAGUUCAAGUGUCGGAGUGGAGAGUGUAUUGAGAUGAGUAAAGUGUGUAAUAAGGUCCGUGACUGUGCUGACUGGAGUGAUGAACCCAUCAAAGAGUGCAAUAUGAACGAAUGCCUAAUCAAUAAUGGAGGCUGUUCGCACCUCUGCCUUGACCUGACGAUUGGCUACAAGUGUGACUGCACACUAGGACUCCAGCUCAUCGAUCGCAAGACCUGUGGUGAUGUCAAUGAGUGCCUCAACCCUGGUAUAUGCAGUCAAAUAUGUAUAAAUCUCAAAGGCGGAUACAAAUGUGAAUGUCACAAUGGCUACCAGAUGGACCCCACGACUGGAGUAUGCAAGGCUGUAGGUAAAGAGCCCUGUCUUAUUUUUACCAAUCGAAGAGACAUCCGUAAACUAGGACUGGAGCGGCGUGAAUAUACUCAGAUUGUGGAGCAGCUGCGGAACACAGUAGCUGUAGAUGCGGACUUCGUUCAGCAGACGAUAUUCUGGGCUGACAUGGGGCAGAAGGCGAUUUUUAGCACAGUAUUGGAUAAGCAGGAGGCAAGUCAUAUGAAAGUGAUUGACAACAUUCAGAUGCCUGUUGGGAUUGCAGUGGACUGGAUUUACAAAAACAUAUAUUGGUCAGACCUGGGCAGUAAGAGUAUAGCAGUGGCCAACUUCAAUGGGACCAAGAGGAAGGUACUCUUUAACAGCGGCCUGAAAGAACCAGCCUCUAUUGCUGUAGAUCCUCUAUCAGGGUUCCUGUAUUGGUCAGACUGGGGCGAACCAGCUAAAAUUGAGAAGUCUGGUAUGAAUGGGAUUGACAGACAGGUCCUGGUAGAGACAGACAUUCAGUGGCCCAAUGGAAUCACUCUCGAUCUGAUCAAGGGCCGACUCUACUGGGUGGAUUCGAAGCUGCACAUGCUUUGUAGUGUAGACUUGAAUGGAGACAACCGCCGGAAGGUUCUGCAGUCACCAGACUACCUGGCCCACCCUUUUGCCCUUACUGUUUUUGAGGAUCGAGUGUUCUGGACAGACGGUGAGAAUGAGGCAAUCUAUGGUGCAAACAAGUACACAGGAUCUGAAGUAACUCUGCUGGCCAGCAACCUCAAUGAACCCCAAGACAUCAUUGUGUACCAUGAGCUAAUUCAGCUGUCUGGGACCAACUGGUGUAAUGAGAAGUUGGAGAACGGAGGCUGUUCCUUCAUGUGCCUGCCAGCUCCACAAGUUAACAAACAUUCCCCUAAAUUCACCUGCGUUUGUCCUCAAGGUCAAACCCUCGGCUCAGAUGGCUUGCACUGCAGACCAGAGGCACCUACUGCCGUCCCCCGAGAUGUAGGGAGGGUGACCCCUCACCCCAGUCACCCUAAAGCAUCUGCAAUGCCGAAGGUUUCCUCUGAACCAGUUUGGGCUGAAGGAAACAUAAGCACCUCUAUACAUGAAGUAAAUUCAUCAGCCAAAGGAUCUGCUGCUGCCUGGGCUAUUCUACCUGUGUUGUUAUUGGCCAUGGCUGCAGCGGGUGGUUACUUAAUGUGGCGCAACUGGCAGAUCAAAAAUAAGAAGAGCAUGAACUUCGAUAAUCCAGUAUAUCUGAAGACCACAGAGGAAGACCUCAAUAUCAAUAUCAGCAGACACGGCGCUUCUGUAGGCCACACGUACCCUGCUAUUUCGAUGGUUAACACAGAAGACGACUUGUCAUAACCCAAGCUCCCACAAUGCUCUGGUUUAUUUACUAGCCACUUGGCACCAAUGGCAACUGCUGCCGUUUCAGCGGGUUUCACAACCAGCUGCCUUCUGAAGUGCAUUUCCAAGUUUGUUUUUGUUCGGUUUUUUUUCUCUCCAAUAAGAGGAUGUCAUUUCUGAUACGAGAAAGUAUGUGCACACUGCUCAUGCUGAGUGCGCUCCAAAAGCACCAAGCAAUUCUGAGGGUCUGGGUUUUUACCUUCACGUACACCAUUAACAGCCCCAAAAUGAUUCAACAGCCUUAAUUAAGAAUGACGGCAUAGUUGGAGACCCAGAAGACCGAUUAGAUGGCCACUAGAGCAUGUGGAUGCCUGAAAUAUUUAAAUGAAAAUGCAUAUUUUAGAUGACCAUAUCUUUAAAGAGUAAGUUUCUUUCUUUCUGUUUUACUAAUGGACAUUGUUUCCCAGAGAUGCAUUAUUAUAAAGCUUUGCGUGUCUUUCUGGGUUUGAAAAACUCUAUAGGGAAAAGUGCUGUUACAACAUUUGUAAAACAUUGUGUACAUGUAUCCCUCUCUGGAAAACAUAAUCAGGAUUCCUCAAGCACUUUGAUCAAAUGUUCCUCUGUAAAUAAGAUUGUAUACAUUUGACUGAGACAAUUUUGCUAUGGUUGGGCACUGUACCAGGGUAAAGGAUAAUGUAUUUAAAAAAUGAAGUUUGUUAAAACUAUUUUGUAUGUUUGUGUGCUGUUCCUGUGACCUUUUUAUAGCAGUGUGCUGGGGGACAUGAUGCUCUGUAUUGUGAAAAGGAAACAUUUGCAAAUGUGAAAUAAAAUUGAAGUUUAAAAGUUUA